AUGGGUCGGAGACUCUUUUUUGCUCAACAAGAUGGAAUUGCCAAUGAGAGGUCCCUAACGCAACUGGCAAAGAGCGGCUAUAUCUUCGGCGCUCAUGCAGCUGAAGACGCCAUCCGAGAAAAAGAUAAAAGGAUACCCAAGACAAAGAAGAUGUAUCUCAGAGCUGUCCAGCAUUGGAUGAAAUUUGUUGAACACAAUGGAAUCAAGGGUUACCACAUUGGGCCCGGCUGUGCGACUCCAGAUCACACACUCAUCAAAGAAUUUCUUCGCUGGUACAGUCACCUUGCGCGAGGUACAAAAAGUAAAAAUGGACGGCCAGUGAUGACAUCGGUUCUCAACUGUGCGGAAAGGCUAUUUGGCGGAUUCGAAGAAAAUUUGGGAAUCAAAAUUGUGUCGGAAGACCGGAGCGAGAUCUUCAACUGGAUAAGGAGGACAUUGACAGCAAACGAAGGGACCAUUGAAAAUGUCGAGGAUCCAGAUCACAGCUUUACCAAGAAAGACUUCCUCCGAAUGAUAUCUUCUAUGUGGCAAGCGGACCAUCGCCGUUUCAUGCCCGGAUUGCUCAAGGCUGUCAUCAUGCUAGCCCUCCAAUUAUUUCUGUUCACUGGAGCAAGAAUUGGAGCUUUUAUCCCGGCCCACGAGGAUAGACACGAAAGAGGGCUUAGAUAUAAGGACAUAGUUCUGGUCCUGUUUCCAUCCACUACGGCACCUUGGAAGGUGGAGUGGAAAGUGAACCAAAAGUGGCUCAAAGGGAAUCGAAACCCAGAUUACGCAGUCACCCUCGCUGACCUAGAAAUAAGAUUUGGGAUUGGCAUUCGUGACACAAAGAGACCACAAUUCGCGUCUGGCUAUUUUCUCCUAGCUCUUGCCCUCCAACAUGGUGCUCUUUUUGGUAUCAAAACGGUGGAAGACUUGACCAAGUAUGAUCUUUCUAGUGGAAAGCCUAUUGAAUUACGCUGGAAAGAUGAGUAUCUGGAUAAGCCUGUUCUGAGGAAUGUCACAGCCGAUGGCCCACAAGACGUUCCACUCAAUAAAGAGCGGUUUUUUUCGGCCGUUCUCGGGGAGGAAGAACAAUCGAAUCACAUCGAGUACUUCCAAGGCUUCGAGAGGUUCUAUGAACAUGGAUACCCAGGGGAACUUCCAGCGAAGAUUGGGGCAAAUAUUUUGCAAACACCAGAACUAAUCGCUAUCAGCUGCCGAAUAGAACAACUUCAAGCCUCGAACAGCGAUAAAGACUCUUUAGCUACUGAGGGGCUGAAAUACAGAAAGUCUUUGCUCCGACAUCGCAUCGCAGGUCUAAAAGAUUACCAGAACCGCUGGGUACAAGAGAGACGAGAUCAAAGAAUUUUGAACAGGGGGACAGAGGAGCCAAUUAUCAGUGACAACGACGUCUCCACGCGGGCUCAAUCCUUGCUUAUGCCCGAAAUUGCCCGAAUCUCGACAUUGAUGUCAUCUGACAGAGAGCUUUCGUUCGACGAAAUGCUGAUUUUCGUGGACGAUCUCAAAGCUCACUGUGAACGCGAUUUUGACGUGGCUUAUCUCCCACAGGAAAGCCCCGUUCAUGGUCGCUGUCCAGCAAGAGAUUGCCUUGAAGAAAUUCAAUGCCUGCGUAAAACUGAGAGAAGCGCUCAUAUCCACAACUGUGUUCGACGUGAGAUUGCUUCGGAUCUUCAAGCGAGUCAAUGGCGAGACCACUGCUCUUCCCAUAUUCAGUCAUGGAAAGCACAGCACUGUGAAGUCAUUGUGUACCGCAAUACGGUGAUCCGACCUGGUUAUUGUCCUUUUUGUUUGUGGGACAAAAGCCUCGAUGCAGAAGACCGAUUACGCCAAUGGCUCAUAAGCGGCAAUCUGAAGCAACACAUCGAAGAGAAGCAUAUGCCUGGUGCGAAGCCAAUUUGUGGAUGUGGCCAAACUUUCGUCGAUGAACGCGGCCUUCGACAUCAUCUGCAUGAUACUCACAAGCUUAACAAAGCCAUCUGGUUCAACCCAAAGCUUCCGAGGAAAAGAAAGCGUCCCUCCAUGUCAGAAGCCCAAGUUCUUUCUACAGAGCUAGAAGAGCAGCCUCCGAAAAAACUUCGCUUCUAUCGUUAUCCACCUCCGCGUCACGAACACGAAUAUAAACUAUCGGAAACCCCUUUUCUGCCCACCCCGACGCUAGGUACAUUUAUCGAGGAGCGUCCAGAGCUGCUAUACUAUUCAGACGUCGGUGACAAGCCAAAGGAUGGCAGCAGAAGCGGCUCAGUAGUGUCUUGCUUCUCGGAAAAGUGUUCACCAUCCAGCUCGCAGCCAAUAGCCCCAGAUUCAGCGGAGGUUAUUGAUCCAAGAAUUCUCGAGCCCCUUUCUUACAGCAUAAGACAAGCAGCUCAGCCAAGAUGUCAGAUGUUCAUGGAAGGAUACUCACUUGAGUAUUCUUUGGAUGAGCAAGACAUAGAAAAAAUCCCACCUCGGAGGACUUUCGCGGCGUCUGAUUUACGCUUAGAAGAAAUCUCGCAAUCCGACGGUCAUGUGGCCAAGCAGCUGGCUUCGUUCAAGCGCUCUUCAAGUGAGGCUGAAGUCAAACCAGUAUCUUUCAACGACACGGAACAGUCAGGGCACACUUCGUCAAGCAUUGCCACUGGUGAAGAAAUGAACAACAUGAAUGUCUUGCAAGAAGUUUGCUCCAGCUCAAUGUCAGACAACAGUCGAUAUUCCGUUUCAGAGCGUGAAUGUGGGGAAUUUCCAACAAGUCACCAGAAAAUUAGCGACGAAAACAUACCCCAUGCCGAGGGUUUGGUCAUCGGCCUUCGCGGUCGUCACACCAGAGCCCCCCUAAAAGAAGGGCCUGCUUCGCAUCGUCCAAGUAACCUGACCAAAGAGAUGUUACGAAAGAAACUCAGUGCAAAAGACAAACGAAUGCUACGUGAACUGAAGAAUCAAAAUUUGACCCUGAGGCAGAUUGGAGUCAAUUUCCCGGAUGUUGACACAGCUUUGCUGCGGCAGACAUGGACGGACAUGGGUGCUUCUCGAAGAUGCACCAGGUCAAGGGCUAAGCAAAGGGGUGGUUGA